AUGGCAACAACCCAAUCCACCAGUCCAUUGGCCGUGGAUACGAUACCUCUACCUCUACAAACAUCGACACCACCGCGGUGCAGAACCCCCAGCACUCCGCCCGAUACCCCGGUGAACGAAUCCGACUGUGAACCACCGGCCCCCCAAAAGACCCAGAAGCCUAUAAUUGAGUUUCCGUAUGAUCUGGAGAUCGCGCGCGACGGCAAUGGCGCAUACGUUGAGUUUGGUCGUGGUGUCUGGAGUACAGUCUACAAAGCGAGUCCAUCCAUGUGUGUCACAUCAGCGAUAAUGACGCCGCCUUCGUCGCCGGUGAUAUCCUCCCCGCCAACUAGCCGCGUUGUCGCUGUCAAAUCCCCACUGAGGCGAGAUGCGUAUUCGAUUUUACGUGCGGAGGCGCAUAUCCUCAGUCGCAUUACCACCGUCCAAUCCACUUCCAAUGAUAAGGAUUAUGUAGUCCCCUUCUACGGCUACAUCCCACAAUCGCAUUCCCUUGUCCUGCAGGCAAUCCCGCUCUCAUUGUCAACGCACAUCGAGACCUGCGCCGACUCAGCGCGGAAAUCAUUCUCGACGCGGACAAUGUUUGACCCCGUGACGCCUCACUGGCGAGAUCUAGCGACGCAACUAAUCAAAGGGCUGGACUGGCUACAUCGAGAAAUCGGCCUUGUGCAUGGAGACAUCAAGCCGCACAAUAUCCUUCUCCGACCACGACAAACUGCUUCCCUGUCAGAGGAUGAAUUCGAGUAUGACGCUCUGUACGCGGAUUUCUCAUCCGCGCACUUCAUCUCUUCCCCUUCCUCCUCUGGCUCUGGCUCUACCUCUCUCACAACCGCGGAAGAUACACCGACAGGCGGAGAAGGGGCGUUAACACCCCCCUUCGCGGCCCCCGAACUCCUGACCCUAAGCGCCAUGAAAUCAUCAACCCCGCUCUCGACCCCAGCAUCAGACAUCUUCGCGCUCGCCUUGACACUCCUCGCAGCUGCAACGGGCGACGUCCUCAUCUACGCGGGCACAAGCGCCAUGCAGCGACUAGCAAUGUCGCGCGAAGGGUGGAGGGCGCUGGAUUACGUGCGGAGUGGAGCGAAUGCGUCUAGAUUGGGUCGGGGCAGGGAUGGAUUUGUGGGGAAGGUUGUUGAGAAUGCCAUUGCGAAAGAGGCUGCUAUGCGGCCUACGGCGCGCGAGUGGUUGGAUCUUUUCACUUGA